UUAUGUACCUCUAUCUGAACUGGUCGCUUAUUCAUCUAACUUCAUCAACAAAAAGUAAAAGUCAGCUUUAGCGCCGUCGCCACCCCCAAAUGUCAAUUUGAAAUGCAAGAAUGCAAAUCCGCAACUGAAAUGCAUUCAAAGAAGCCGUACAAUGCAAUUUAUCACACCUGGCCAAAAAAAGUGCACGUAAAGUGUCAAAUCAGCAUUCAUUUAGUUAGAAAAACGAAAAAUAAUCCGCAGAAAUUAUUACAAAUGGGCAUAUUGUAUUAUUAGCCACGUGAAAUUGUGCUACAAAAUUUGUAGGCUAUUUUUGCAAUACAAAAAAAAAAAAAAUAAAAAAAUAAAAAAAUGCACUGAAGUGAGUGCAAAUUAGUGAUGAUGUGUCAUAUUUUGCUGCAACGAUUUUUAAGUAAAUUCAAAGUGCGAACAAAAUUAAUAAAAGCAACAACUUUUAAAUCGCAAUUAUUUUUAUUCCACGCAAACUUAUGAAAAGUGCUAACGCAGACAAGCGCCAACAUACAAAACUUGCUAAUUGAGUACAAUAAUUACUACAUUUAUAAUAAAAUAUGUACAUAUUUGUGAAUAUAACAAAUGAGAAACUUUUAUUAAAUAUAAUCGUUUGGUUAAAUAUUACACUUUUAAGCAAAUAGCAAAUUAAAUUUAAAAUUUAUGCUGCGCGUUUACUUGGUACACAAAAUAACGUCACAGCAGUGCUUUAAUAUUUAUUAUAUAAAUGCAUAUGAAACUUUCACUUCAAUACCGUUGUGUGUGCAACAAAAUGCGUACGGUGCUUAAACAACUGAAUCAACAAAGAUUUCUAGUCAUUUUCGUUAUUCAUUUGUAUUUGUUGGAAAAAUCAAUAUUGCUGUGCAAUUGUGUUCAUGGUUUCAGAAAUAUCACUGAAAGUGCAGAAUUAGUCACCGGCAUCGAAUCCAGCUUAUCAUUGCCUGAUAUAUUGCCAAUACCAUCGAAAAAUUACGACAAAAAUCGCGCGCCAAAAUUACUCGGACAGCCGACGGUUGUCUAUUUUCAUGUGACAGUGUUGUCAUUGGAUUCGAUCAAUGAAGAAUCGAUGACAUAUGUCACCGACGUAUUCCUAGCACAAAGUUGGCGUGAUCCCCGCCUGCGACUGCCAGAGAACAUGAGCGAACAGUAUCGUAUACUGGAUGUCGAUUGGUUGCAUAGCAUUUGGCGGCCAGAUUGCUUCUUCAAGAAUGCCAAAAAAGUCACAUUCCAUGAGAUGAGCAUACCAAAUCAUUAUCUAUGGCUAUAUCAUGACAAGACAUUGCUCUACAUGUCAAAACUAACUUUGGUGUUAUCUUGUGCCAUGAAAUUCGAAUCCUAUCCACAUGAUACACAAAUUUGUUCCAUGAUGAUUGAGAGUUUAUCACACACGGUUGAAGAUUUGGUAUUCAUUUGGAAUAUGACCGAUCCAUUGGUGGUUAAUAGCGAAAUUGAAUUACCACAAUUGGAUAUAUCGAAUAAUUAUACAACCGAUUGUACCAUAGAAUACUCGACAGGUAAUUUCACUUGCCUGGCUAUAGUUUUCAAUCUGCGUCGACGUCUUGGCUAUCAUCUCUUUCACACCUACAUUCCAUCUGCACUUAUUGUGGUCAUGUCAUGGAUUUCAUUUUGGAUUAAACCCGAAGCGAUACCGGCACGCGUCACACUCGGCGUCACAUCGCUACUAACACUCGCUACACAAAAUACACAAUCACAACAAUCGCUGCCGCCCGUAUCCUAUGUGAAAGCCAUCGAUGUGUGGAUGUCAUCAUGUUCGGUAUUUGUAUUCCUAUCGUUGAUGGAAUUUGCUGUGGUCAAUAACUAUAUGGGACCCGUGGCAACGAAAGCCAUGAAGGGUUAUUCGGAUGAGAAUAUACACGAUUUGGGUGAUUUGAAGAAUCAUCACCGUGAAUCCAUAAUUGAGCCACAGUAUGACACAUUCUGCCAUGGACAUGCCACAGCGAUUUAUAUUGAUAAAUUUUCGCGUUUCUUUUUUCCAUUCUCCUUUUUUAUACUAAAUAUUGUGUACUGGACAACAUUCCUUUAGUGGUUAGUGUCGCUUAAAUAAACGAGCAAAUUGUUAUUGUUUGAAAAUGCUUGAAAUUGGUAUGUAAUUACUUUAAAGUCUUUUAUAUCAGAGCUAUUUAAAAUAUUAGACG